UGAAAAAAUUUAGUUUAUUUUACAAAUUAAUUUUGAUUUUCUUUGUUUGAGGGAGCGAAAUUUUCUGUAGUAUUAAUUAUAAUUAGAAAAUAUAAAUAAAAAUAAGAAAAACGUUAAGAAACAUGCAUUUGAAAGAAGUGAAACGCGUACGCUAAAUUAUAAUAACUUAUUAAAAGAGUAGCAUUUAAUUUAAAAAAUAAGGUCACACACAUUCAUAUACAAAAAUAAACAUUGAUUAGAAUUCACCUGGUGGGUAAAAGAGACGAAGACGAAAACGAUACCAACAAAUUGAUUGAAAAUUGGUUUUACCGCCGUACAAAACACUUUUGUUAGUUAAAUACAGUUUAUGUGUGAAGUCAUAUAACCGUAAUCAGUGGAGUAGUAGCCAAGGAGUUGCAUUGAGAUUACUACUAAAAUCAUGUCGAGCGAAGACAUGCUAUAUGCAAAGGGGUCCAAAAUUUGGGUUCCCCACCCAGAGCAAGUAUGGGAGAGUGCCACAGUGCAGCGAGAUUAUCACAAAGGCGACAUAACCAUACAAAUCGUCAAAGAUUCUGGCACUUCAGUAGAACUUUCUAUAAAGCCCGAUGGAAGUAAUUUACCACCGCUACGUAAUCCCGCUAUACUAAUCGGACAAAAUGAUCUGACGGCUAUGUCAUAUCUCCAUGAACCUGCAGUGUUACACAAUCUAAAGGUACGUUUCUGCGAACGACAAAUAAUUUACACGUACUGUGGCAUCAUUUUGGUUGCCAUAAAUCCAUAUGCCGAUCUACCACUAUAUGGUCCAAGUAUUAUACGGGCGUAUCGUGGCCGUUCAAUGGGCGAAUUAGAGCCACAUAUAUUCGCUUUAGCGGAAGAAGCAUAUACGAAACUGGAACGUGAGAAAUGUGAUUUAAGUAUAAUUGUAAGCGGCGAGUCGGGUGCGGGUAAAACCGUUUCGGCAAAGUAUGCUAUGCGUUAUUUUGCUGCAGUUGGAGGAUCUGAAUCAGAGACACAAGUUGAACGUAAAGUACUCGCAUCAUCGCCCAUAAUGGAGGCAUUUGGCAAUGCAAAGACUACACGUAAUGAUAAUAGUUCACGGUUUGGUAAAUUUACGAAACUACUGUUUAAGAAUAAUAUGAGUGUUAUGAAUCUUACGGGUGCCACAAUGCACACAUAUUUGUUGGAGAAGUCACGUGUUGUGUUUCAAGCGCCCGGCGAACGGAACUAUCAUAUAUUCUAUCAACUUUGCGAUGCGCGUGAAAUGCAUCCCGAGUUAAUAUUAGAUCACCAGGAUAAGUUCGAUUAUCUAAAAAUGGGAAACUCCCCAGAUAUCGAUAGAGUCUCCGACAAAGAGCUAUUCAAAGAAACCAUACAAGCUAUGAUUGUGUUGGGCUUUAGCACAUUGCAGAUAACAGAUAUCUUAAACAUUCUUGCCGGUAUAUUGCAUUUAGGCAACAUAAAAUUUGUACCACAGUGUAAAAGAGGCACUGAGGAAAUUGAUCCAGACGGUUGUGAUAUCAAUCAUAAUGAUCUCCACCUACACGUUACCGCUGAGAUGCUUAAAAUUAAUCCAGAUGAGCUGCGAAAAUGGUUAAAAACACGUCAAAUCGAAUCGGUCAAUGAGCAUGUGCUUAUACCGAAUAGCAUUACCACUGCACAAGCUGCCAAAGAUGCGCUGGCAAAGCAUAUCUAUGCGAAACUCUUUCAGUACAUUGUACAAGUGAUCAACAAGAGUUUGAAUACAGGCAGCCGCAAGCAAAAUAGUUUCAUUGGCGUUUUGGAUAUUUACGGUUUUGAGACAUUCGAAGUUAAUUCAUUCGAACAAUUUUGCAUUAAUUAUGCCAACGAGAAGUUGCAACAACAAUUCAAUCAACAUGUAUUCAAGCUGGAGCAAGAGGAAUAUUUGAAGGAAGGCAUCACAUGGACAAUGAUUGACUUCUAUGAUAAUCAGCCAUGCAUAGACUUGAUAGAAUCGAAAUUGGGCGUGCUUGAUCUGCUCGAUGAGGAAUGCAGGAUGCCCAAAGGCAGUGACGAGAGUUGGGCUGGCAAACUGAUUGAGAAAUGCAAUAAAUAUCCACAUUUUGAAAAACCGCGUUUCGGCACUACAAGCUUCUACAUCAGGCAUUUCUCCGACACCGUUGAAUAUGACGUUUAUGGUUUCCUUGAGAAGAAUCGUGACACCGUAUCGAAAGAGCUGGUCAAUGUCAUACGCCAAUCACAGAUGUCGCUGUGCAAACAGUUAAUGGAUAUGGAAGAAGUUGAUACGCUAUGCGCAGACGCCGCAAAAGUGACAACGCUAGGUGGACGCGUGGUGAUCAGCGCAGCACGGCAACAGUUAACUGCCGACAACCGCAAGCGAAUCGCGCCAUCAAAACAACAUCGCCGUUCAGUUGGUUCGCAAUUCAGAGAGAGUCUUUCGUCGCUAAUAUCUACUUUGCAUGCAACCACGCCACAUUACGUGCGCUGCAUAAAGCCCAACGAUGAUAAGGUGGCCUUCAAAUGGGAGGCAUCGAAAAUCGUACAACAAUUGCGCGCCUGUGGUGUACUCGAAACGGUGCGCAUCUCAGCUGCUGGUUUUCCAUCACGCUGGUCCUAUCAUGAUUUUUAUAUGCGCUACCAAUUGUUGUGCCAUCGCUCGUUGGUCAAUAAGAACGACUUGAAACAAUCGUGUCAGAAUAUUGUAUCCAAGUGGAUACUCGAUGUGGACAAGUAUCGUUUCGGCAAUACGCAAAUAUUCUUCCGCGCCGGUCAGGUAGCCUAUCUGGAACAGGUGCGCGCCAACCUGCGCAAGAAGUACAUAACGACAAUUCAGUCGGUGGUGCGACGUUUCAUACAUCGACGACGCUUUCAGCGUUUGCAGCGCACGGCGCUCGGUAUACAACGGUAUGCGCGCGGCUAUUUGGCACGACAGAAGGCACAGCAGAUGCGCGAGGAGCAUGCGGCUGUUGUCAUAUCGAAAUAUGCGCGCGGUUGGCUGUGUCGCCGCCGUUAUUUGCGACUGCGCCACACUAUUUGUGGCAUACAGCAGUAUGCGCGCGGUAUGCUGGCGCGCCGACGCUUCCAGGCCGCCAUGGAUCAUUAUCGCGCGGUCCAAAUUCAGCGUUUCAUACGCGGUUAUUUGGCGCGACGCGCCUACCAGAAGAAACGACGGGCGAUCAUUGUGUGCCAGUCGGCGGUGCGUCGCUUCUUGGCGCGACGCCAAUUCAAGCGGCUGAAGGCGGAGGCGAAAACCAUUUCGCAUAUACAGAAAAUGUACAAGGGCCUCGAGAACAAGAUCAUCUCAAUGCAACAGAAGAUUGACGAGCUGAAUCGCGAAAAUGUUAGCCUGAAAUCGAAGUCCAGCGAAAUUUCUGUGCUAAAAAUGAAACUGGAAGUGAAGAAAUCACUGGAACUCGAAGUGCGUAAUCUUAAAUCGCUCGUUGCCGAAAAGGAUAGUAAUUUGGCGGCAUUGAAUAAACAACUGGAGAUUGAACGCGAUGAAAAAAUGCAAUUACUCGAGGAGAAAGAUCACUCCGUGGAGGAUUGGAUGCAACAGAAGCAGGUGUGGCGCAUGGAGAAUAUCGAAUUGCGCAAACAAAUCGAUCAAAUGAUCGAAAUGGCGAAGAAUGCCGAAAUGAAUACCAGUUCGCGUAUUGAACGUACUUUCUCCGAAGUGGAAACCUAUGAAAUUAAUGAGGCCUACCAGCGUGCCAUUAAAGAGAAGGAGAUUAUCGAAAAUGAGAACUACAUGCUGAAGGAGGAGUUGAGUCGUCAUCAAAAACCGAAUGGCACACGUGGCAAUAAUCAACACUCACGUUCGGUUAGUAAUGCUUCGAGUCAGAAUGAAGAUGACGUCGGCUAUGUAUCCGCCAAGAAUACCCUCGAACUGCGCCGCCAUCAAGGUGGUGAGAAUGUAAACCAAAUAUCACCGGAAACCUUUACGACAAUCGAGACUACAUCAACACCGAAAUCGGGUCAAACGAGUCUGAUUUUGAAAUUGCGCAACAUACUCGAAGAGGAGAAAAAGAAGAACAAGCAGUUGAGUGAACAAUUAGAACGGCUAAUGAAGCGAAAUAGUCAAACCGAAGAUUCCAUACGCGUUUCCGAACUCGAGGUGGAGAAUGAAAAACUGCGUAGCGACUACGAUCUCUUGCGCAGCAGCAUAAAUCACGGCUCCGAAAUGAACGAAUUAGAAGCUCAAUACCAAGCGCUGCAAGAGGAACUACGCCGUCGUCGUGAUGAGUGCAUACAGCUAAAAGCUGUUCUACAACAGCAAAGUCAGUCGUUGAAGUCAUUCGGCACUACGGGCGUGUCGUUGCGUGGCGUGGAUUUGAAGAGUUUGAAUGACAAUGAAUUGAUCGAGGCUUUCCAAGCACAGAAGCUGGUCAAUCGACAAUUGGAAUCCGAGUUGAGCGCCUUAACCGAAGAGAAUAACGCACAUCUCGCCGAGUUAACACGUCAAAUUGAUGACUUGCGUCACGAAAAGACACAACUACAGGAGCUGCUACAUAAUGGACUCGAGCAAAUCGACGAAAGUAAUAUUGAGGCAUUGCGACAGAGUGAACGGUAUUUGCGAUACGAGUUGCAACGUUCUGUAUUGCAAUACUCACAGCUGCAGGAGGAAAUGAACACUAUGACUCGUAAAUUCGAGACGCUAAAGCAGGGCAACGACAAGCUAAUGUUCAAACUGAAAGAGCAUGGCAUUCCACAAGAAGGUAAUAAUAAGGACAAUGAUAAGAAGGCUGUGACGCAUGUGAGCAAGCAGAAAAUUCAAAAUUACCAAGGUGUUAUGAAAUUCCGCAGUGAAGAUCUUGAUAAGAUUCUGCAACGUCUGGUGGGUGAUAUGACGCCACGACUAGCUAUUGGAUUAUUGCCUGGUUUCCCUGCCUAUAUAAUAUUCAUGUGUAUACGUUAUACUGAUCUUAUAAACGCUGACGACGACGUACGCGAUCUACUGAGCAAAUUCGUAAUGCAGAUCAAGAAAAUUCACCGUAAUCCAAAUGUUAUCGAAAUUCGUUCACUUUGGUUGGUUAAUUCCAUCACACUACUCAAUUUAUUGAAGCAAUAUGGUGACGUUGAAGAAUAUGUUAAAUUCAAUACGGAAAAGCAAAAUCAACAACAACUUAAGAAUUUCAAUCUGUACGAGUAUCGACGCGUAAUAUUAGACAUAAUUAUCAGUUUAUACCAGGUGUUGGUGAAGCAGAUACAAACCUUAUUGGAGCGUUAUAUCGUACCAGCCAUACUCGAUAAUGACGAAAUCCAACGUAAUCGGCAAGUACAAGGUAUGCGUGGUCGUACUGCCUCAAUGGAUUCCACGUCAUCACCCGAGCAUGGUAAAGUAGCCGCCUGGAAGCUGCUCAUCAAUCACCUGGAACAAUUUUACAAGCAAUUCCAACACUUCGGCUUAGAUCGUUGCUACUCCGAACAGAUUUUCCAUCAAUUGUUGUAUUUCAUUUGUGCGGUCGCGUUAAAUUGUUUAAUGUUACGUGGUGAUAUUUGUAUGUGGGAGACGGGCAUGAUUAUACGUUACAAUUUAGGUUAUAUCGAGGAUUGGGUGCGCAGCAAGGGCAUGUCAAAUGAUGUUUUGGCUCCAUUGGCUCCACUGAAUCAAGUGUCACAGUUGUUGCAGUCGCGCAAGAGCGAACAAGAUGUCCAAAGUAUUUGUGAUUUGUGCACAUCGUUGAAUACGGCGCAAGUGUUGAAGGUCAUGAAAUCAUACAAACUGGAUGAUUACGAAGGUGAAAUAACAAAUACGUUUUUGGAGAAACUCACCAAGAAGCUAAAUGAACGUGACAUGAUUAAAAACGACGAAUUUACUAUGGAUCAGAAAUUCAUACAUGCCUUCAAGGUCGUGUUCAAGUAUAGUGAUGUCAAAUUGGAGGAUAUUGAGUUGCCGAAACAUUUAGGGCUUGAAGAUUUAUUGGCGAAAAUUUAAAUUAAAUUAAAAGUGUUAUGCGUGUAUAAAAUGUGUAAACGAUGUUGUUGAAAAUUGAUAACAGUCCAAACAUGCCACCCUCCGACAAAGAAUGAAAAUAGAUGUGUAUACAUUUAUAUUGUUAGAAAAUGCUAAAAUUAUGAAUUUAUAUUAGCUAAACAUUAGUUACCUAUGUACUUCCAUGCUAAAAUUAUAUGUUAUUAUUUGUAUUAGAGCAGAGUUAACGUAGAGAAAGAUAACGUGUACCUUGUGCAAUUUGUUGCCAUCGAAACACACACAUAUUAUUAUUAUUAUUAUUAUUAAAUGAGCAAACAUGUACUUAUGUGAAUGAACUGAACACAUUCCCCCAAAACGAGACAAAGUAUUUGGUAAUUGAAUACUUUAACACUAGCGCUAAUAUAUACAUAAAUAUAUUUACAUAAACAAAAAACAAACGGAAAAAACAACAUGCAUAGCAUAUACACUAAAUGUACUAUUUUAGUUAUUUAAAAUAAAUUAUAUAAAUUAUUUGUGUUAAUUUACAUUAUAUAAGCUUAUAAGCAAUUUUAUUUAAUAAUACAAUAUAUAUAUGCACUGUGUAGAAGAGUAUGAGUAUACGCUAAAAGUUGUUUCAAACAGUUCAAGAAUUUGCCUAGAAAAUAUGUUGACAUUCUGCAACGAAUUAAACUUUCCUAUUAGUUAAUUUAUUACAAAAAUGAAACAUCUUUUACUCUCUCUCUAUCUCUCUUGAUAUAUAUACAUGUAAAACAUGUUUUGUUAUCAGUACUUGUUAGUAUUAUUGGCCUAUACAUACUUACAUAUAUACACUUUAGAUUUUGAAUUAGUCAAAUAAUGCAAUAAUUGAUAUAAUCAACCAUAUUAAAUUUUACAAUAUUACAUUGGUGUUGGAGUUGAAGUUGGAGUUGUAUUUAAAGCGUGCGAAUGCUUUUUGCAUAGCUUAAUAAUGUUAGUAAUGGUGUAACCACAGCAACAAAGUUGCCUUAUUGUUGGUGAGCAGCAGCAGCAGCAGCAGCAACAGCGACCACUGAGUAUGUGUUAGUGAGAAAUCGUACAUGUGAUAACAAAAAAUAAAAAUUAAAAAAAGAGAAAUGUUUAUUUAUACACAUACAUACAUACAUACACCUUAUACAUACAUAUGUAUUAUUAAAUCUAUAGAAAAAAUAUUUAUUAUAAAGAAAUCUAUGUCUGUUGAAUAUGCAAAUCAUAAAAAAAUUAACUGCCUGCCCUAGUAAAUAGCGAAGAACAUAGCACUCUUUUCGUUUAUAACACAUUCUGCUACUAUUUGAAAGACUUGUAUUUAUUGCACUUAAUGUUUUUUUUUUCAUUUAGUUAUUUAUUACUAUUUUUUCUUUGUGUGUAAAAAUAUUGCGAAAAACUUGUGGAGAUUAGUUUGAGAAAGACUAUAAUUAUCGCUAAUAGACAAUACCAUUCCAAAAUGACUAUAAAGUAUGAUAAAAAAUAAUUCAAAAUAAAAUUAAAAGCGAAGCUUUUAGAAAUCCGUUAAAAAUAAUUAUAAAAUCAAUUAUAAAAUUUACUUUAAAUUUAUCAUAUCGUAACAUAAACGCUUGCCCUGGUAUUAAAACUGUUAUUACGCAAUGUUUUGACUUUCAAGUCACGAUAAUUUGAAAAAAAAAAAAUAAUAAUUUCUAAAGGUUUAGCUGUUUCUGUUGAUUCCAAAAAAAAGGUCCUUGCGGUGACUAUCAUUAAUCAUUGGAUAUUGAUCUAAAACCAAUCGAAAAAGAAAAAUUUAAAUUUAAUUUUUUUCCAAAAAUUAACAAAAUGGUGGCCUCAAUAAAUUUGGUUUCUAGAUUUCCGGAAUAAAUCGAAAUACAAUUCGUUUAAAAAAUCGAAAUUUUUUAAAAACAAAAAAGCUUCAAUCAGGCCCAGGAUUAUUAUGUACUCUUAAAGCUGUUUAAAUUUUAUUAAAAACUACUGAGCGAUUUUCGAGUUGUCACAGUUCAAAAACAUAAUUUUCAGUAAAACGCAUUUAAAGUUUCAACCGAGCGCUUUUGAGUGCCCGAACGCUCGUUGUUGUUUGUCGAAUAACUCGAAAAGUAAUUAACGGAUCAACUUCAAAUAUUCAGAGAAUAUUUCU